GCGGAAAUAGAAAGCGGAGAAAUGAGACCUUUGUGUAGGAGAAGAAGAUAUGAGCGAAGCAUUGGCGAGGGAGUACGAGAUCGGGGCGGAGAUCGGCCGAGGGCGGUUCGGAGUGGUGCGGCGGUGUAGAUCCGUGGAAACCGGGGAAGAGUUUGCCGUCAAAUCGAUUGAUAAGCGUCUCCUCGCUGACGACCUAGAUCGGGCGUGCGCCGAGCGGGAGGGGAGGCUCCACCUCCUGGCGGCCACUGGUAACCCCUACGCGGUCCAGAUCCACGCCACCUAUGAGGACGAGGUGUGGGCGCAUCUUGUUCUUGAUCUCCUCGACGCGCCCGAUCUUUGCGACCGCAUCGCCGCCCGAGGAGGGGCGCCGCUUCCUGAGCCGGAAGCUGCGGCGGUUGUGGCUCCGCUUGCGGAGGCCGUGGCAGAGUGCCACAGAAGGGGGGUGUCGCACCGCGACGUCAAGCCGGAUAACGUGCUAUUCGACGCGGCGGGACGACUCAAGCUGGCUGACUUCGGGUCGGCGGAGUGCUUCGUGGACGCCGACGGGGACUGGGUUCCUAUGAGGGGGAUUGUGGGGACGCCGUGGUACGUUGCGCCGGAGGUGGUGAGCGGGAGGGAGUACGGAGAGAAGGUUGAUGUUUGGAGCAUAGGUGUGGUGAUGUACAUGAUGCUUGCCGGAGGGGUACCGCCCUUCUAUGGGGACACAGCGGCUGAGACCUUUGAGGCCGUGGCGAGGGCCAAUUUGAGGUUUCCACCGAGGAUCUUUGGCUCGGUGUCCCCAGCGGCCAAAGACCUUCUCCGCCGGAUGCUCUGCAAGGACGUCUCAAGAAGGUUCUCCGCCGACCAAGUCCUGAGGCAUCCCUGGAUCACGAGCGGAGGGAUGAGCCCAAUGGACGAACUAAGGCGUGAUCCUUCCCUCUCCAUGGGAAGACGCGAAGGCUCCCUUCUAGGCCUAUGCACAUAGCUUUGGCCAUUAAAUACACCGUAUGAGCUUAACUACUGAGCACCCUGAGCGCUCGAGGUGCGCUUGAGAGAUAGAUAGAUAGAGAGACAUGGAGACGAGGGACAUAGUCUCCAUUAGCCUGUGCGUAGACAUGUAAAUCUUCAGGACAUCCCUUCUGUGCUCUGCUUUGGAUGUUCUGUUCUGCGAUUACCGCUUUUGUUUUUUUUUUUUCGUCUUGUAUCUUGAAGGUUUGUUGCGUGUAUAAAGCGGAAGAGAAUCGAGGUUUUUCA